AUGACGGAGACUCGUGCUCAGGCACAGGCUAGAGAAGCGGCGACUCGCGAUGCCGAAGAAUCGUCAAAUGCUUGGAUCGUGAAAGCUUUGGUGGAGCAAGACUCGAGGAUUGCAGAGAAUUAUGCGGAGAUGUUUGCCGUGAUUCGUAUGAUGGCGGAGAAGGUGGAUAACUUGGUGGCGGUGAAUCCACAGAUGUCGUAUAGUUCAUCUCCUCCGACAAUAGAGAAGGCUGAUUAUAACUGUUUCCCGACGGAGGUUGAGCAGUUCUUCCAAUUGGAUUUUACUCCGUAUGAGAUGAAGGUAUCCUAUAAGCUGCUAUUGAAAGAGAGGUUUGAGGAUGCUUUGGAUGAUCCUAUUGCGGAGUUAAAGAUAUUGCAGGAGACAGGGGGAAUUAAGGAGUAUAACGAGAAGUUUGAGCUUAUACGUUUGAGAUUAAGAUUGCCUGAAGACUAUUUGGUUCGUGCAUACUUGGCGGGUCUUAGGACUGAUACUCAAAUGCACAUUCGAAUGUUUCAACCUCAAACUAUAAGGCAAUGCUGGAUGUUGGGUAAGUUGUAUGAACAGGCUCAUCCUAGGAAGGGAAGUGGUAUGACAUCAAAUGGAUGGCAGAGUAACAAAUGGCAAACGGGUGGCAAUGUUCAGCCUAAGGCCGGGGUUGCUAACAAUUCUGAUUGGGUGCAGAAGACUGGCAACUUUGAAUCGACUUACAGGCCUAAGGAUAACACAAUGCAGCCACGCAAGUUCCUAUCGACAGAAGAGAUGAAUAAAAGGAGGUCGCAAGGAUUGUGCUUUUUUUGUGAUGAGAAAUAUUCACCAGAACAUUUUCUCACUCACAAGAAGAAACAAUUGUAUAUGAUGGAUGCAGAUGAAGUGGAAGAAAAGACUGAUGAGCUUUGUGUCGAAGAGGAUGAGGGACCAGAUAUGGUUCAAGAUAGGGCUCAAGUUUCAGUAAGUGCAGUGGAAGGUACAAAUGACUUUUGGACUAUGAGAGUCAGAGGUUAUUAUGGGAAGCAGAGUGUGGUCAUGUUACUGGACUCGGGUUCCACUCAUAAUUUUAUGGAUCUGGGGACACUAGCAAGGUUGAAAAUUCCAUCGACUCAACCAUGUCUCACUAAGGUUUUUGUUUCUGAUGGUCAAAAGGUGGGAGUAUCCGGUAAAAUGGAAAAGUUUAAUUGGAGUUUCAGGGAUACAUCUUUCGAAGCAGAUAUGAUGGUGAUACCGCUGAGGGGUUGCGACAUAGUGUUGGGGGUACAGUGGUUGAAACCGUUGGGAACUAUAACAUGGAAUUUUGACACUUUGGAGAUGAGCUUUAAGUGGGGAUUGAAGAAUGUUCAUCUUCGAGGGAUUAAGCAAGGGUUUGUUAGAGAAGUUAAGGCAACGAAGCUCAACAAGAUGAAAGAGAAAGAUGUGCAGUUAUCUAUGAUAUGUGUUGAGCAAGUUCCUGAGGAGAGUGAAGUGAUGUUAUGCUCCGUAGAAAUGCAAACUGGGAAAGAAGAAGAACACCCGAAGUUUGCAGAGUUGAUUGAAGGGUUCGCUGACAUUUUUGAGGAACCGACUGCUCUACCACCCUUCCGGGCUAAUCACAAUCAUAAGAUUCCACUUAUGGAGGGGUCUAAUCCUAUUAACCAACGUCCCUAUAGGUAUGCAUUGCAUCAAAAAAAUGAGAUUGACAAGCUGGUGAAAGAUAUGUUGGUUGGUGGUAGUAUACAAGCGAGCAACAAUCCUUAUGCAUCCCCAGUGGUGUUAGUGAAGAAGAAAGAUGGUAGUUGGAGACUAUGUGUUGAUUACAGGGGUCUGAAUGGGAUGACUGUUAAGGAUCGGUUUCCUAUACCUUUAAUAGAUGAUCUAAUGGAUGAACUGGGAGGUUCGGUGAUCUUUUCGAAGAUAGACUUGCGAGCAGGGUAUCAUCAGGUCAGAAUGGAUCCUGCUGACAUCUACAAAACGACUUUUAAGACACAUAGUGGACAUUACAAGUACUUGGUGAUGCCGUUCGGAUUAACCAAUGCACCAGCUACGUUUCAGAGUUUAAUGAAUGAAGUUUUCAGGGCUUUUCUGAGGAAGUUUGUGCUCAUAUUUUUUGACGAUAUCCUCAUUUACAGCUCGACUCUGGAAAAUCAUUUGUUACAUGUGGAAGAGGUGUUUAAAGUGAUGUGA